UCUCUGCUCUUCAGCACACAGAGGCAACACAGUUGAGGAGUGAAACAAGUAGGAGCUGCGAGGAGGCAGUCUUCCAUUUGUUUUCAGAAGCCAUCAGAGGAACUGCAAAAUCGAAUUAUCCAAUUUGCUUGAUGCGGUGCAAUCAUACAGACAAAAUGCCUCGUGGAGACUUCAACAUCUAUUUCGCCAGCAGCAGAGGAGGAUCUCUCAGAGCUGAGGAGGCAGUGGGUAUCGUAUUCCUGGUGGUUGUCCUGGCAGCGCUGUUCAUCCUGGGAUGUUGGUACUUCAAGAAGAGGAGUGGCUACAAAAUUAUCAGGAGUCCUCCGUUGGGUUCACCUGGUUACACAGGCCAAUAUUCAGAGGCAGGACCUUCAGCAGAUAACAAGAUGGCUCUCACAGACUUUGGCAGCUUCAGGCCUUCGGUUCCAAAUGCACCUCCGUCCUAUGAAAAGAUUUCCUCAGGUGCACUGCCUCCUCCCUAUUCCCCCUAAAGGACCUCUGUGGAUGGUGUCUGAAGAAAAGAGGAAAA